GGAGGUGGGGGGUCGGGAAGGCCAGGCCAGGCGGCGCGGAGGCGGGAGUGAGGCGCGGGAGAGAAGCUUCCUGUCCCAGCUGCGCGCCCAUGGACCAAGAAGAGGAACCCUGGGGUCCGGCCCCGGAGCCCGCCGCCGCCUCUGAGGAAGGGGAUACCCUGGGAGCCCCCCCCGGAGUCGGGCUCGCCUCCGAGAGCCCCGCAGCCCCCCCGGGGUCAGCCGGGGGCCCGGAGCCACCUGCUCGCCAGGACUCCGACGACCCGGCCCGGCCCUUCCGCUGCCCAGACUGCGGGCGCGCCUUCCGCCGCAGCUCGGGGCUGAGCCAGCACCGGCGCACGCACAGCGGCGAGAAGCCGUACCGCUGUCCGGAGUGCGGCAAGAGCUUCAGCCACGGGGCCACGCUGAGCCAGCACCGGGGCAUCCACACGGGUGAGAAGCCCUACCAGUGUGGCACGUGCGGCAAGGCCUUCGGCUGGCGCUCGACCCUGCUGAAGCACCGCAGCAGCCACACUGGGCUCAAGCCCCACUCCUGCCCCCACUGCGGCAAGGCGUUCAGCCACGGCUCUCUGCUGGCCCAGCACUUGCGCACGCAUGGGGACGAGCGGCCCCACAAGUGCGGCGCCUGUGGGAAGGGGUUCGGCCAGGGCUCGGGGCUGCUCAAGCACCUCCGCACCCACACCGGCGAGCGCCCCUACCCCUGUCCGCAGUGCGGCAAGGCCUUUGGGCAGAGCUCGGCCCUGCUCCAGCACCAGAGGACCCAUACGGCCGAACGCCCCUACCGCUGCCCGCACUGCGCCAAGGCCUUCGGCCAGAGCUCCAACCUGCAGCACCAUCUCCGCACCCACACCGGGGAGCGGCCCUACGCCUGCCCGCACUGCGCCAAGGCCUUCGGCCAGAGUUCCGCCCUGCUCCAGCACCUCCACGUGCACUCGGGCGAGCGACCCUACCGCUGUCACCUCUGCGGCAAGGGCUUCGGUCAGGCCUCCAGCCUCACCAAGCACCGGCGCACCCACGAAGGGGCGGCUGCCCGGGCGGCAGCCGACGGAGGGGAGGGGCCGCCCCCGGAGGGGGCCGAGCAGCAGGAGGAGGGGAGACAGAGAGAAUUGGAAGGAGCCGGGAUCCCAUCCGUCUCCGACCCCCAUGUGGGUCCCCUUUCACUGGAGAGGCAGCGGGACCUCGUCCAGGAGUGGGAGGCAGGGGAGCCCACGGUGGCAUCUUGCGGGAGGGGGCUCCUGGACAAGACCCCAGGCGGGUGGCUGUGCUACCCGCCGGAGGGAACUGGCACGGUGCAGGACUGGAGGUCAUGUGGCCGUGAGAGCGAGGCUCCGGUACUGGAAGUUCACCCCAACCCACGCAAACAGACCCACCGAAGCAGUCAGAGCCAGGUGGGCGGCAGCAAACAGACCCACCUGCAGUCGGGGUUCCGGGGAGGGAUUGCAGCGGUGGUGUUGCUCAGAGUUGGAGUCGCCCCCGGGGCGACCGAUCCCCCUAACCUCCCCCCAGUCUUGGGCUGCACUCUCCUGCCUGGGUCCAGAGCGGGCAACAGGGACUCGGAGGGGAAGUGGGACCGGGCCCGAUUCCUGGCAGAUGGGAAGGAGGGAGGGCAGAGUUGA